AUGAUUGCCGUCAGGCUUGCACGCCGCAAUGGUGGAAUACUCGAAGCGGAAUAUCGCUUGUGGCUUUACGUCUAUCCCACCAUCGUAUUUCCUGCCGCCCUCAUCCUCUGGGGCGUAGGCGCCGCUCAUGCGAUACACUGGUUUGGGCUCGCCGUUGCCGUGUUUUUCUUGGCCACUGGCCAGGCCAUCACGAUCUUUACAAUGAUCAACUACUGUAUCGAACCGUACAGCGAGCUGAGCAGCGAAGCCAUGGUCACUAUCAUCGUCAUCCGAAACUCAAUGGCCUUUUCCAUCGGCUACAUCAUCACCCCUUGGGUCAAGCUCGGAUACUCCAACGCUUUCAUCAUUGCCGGUUUUGUCUCGUUGGCCGCCUCUCUCGUCUUUCUCGUCAUGAUUGUCUGGGGAAAACGCAUGAGAAUCAUGACCAGCCACUUAUAUCAGAGGUUUCUUGCCGAACGGCAGGCUUUGGGACUAUCACAUUCUUAG